AUGAUGCAAAAGGUCGGCAGCACGGUCUACAACGCAGGCGGCGUGGUCACCGAUGUCAAGUCUUACGGCAAGCAGUACCUGGCCUACAAGAUCCGCGGGGUGCACGGCAAAUUCGACCAGGCCAACAUCUGGGAAUUGGAGUUUGCAGUGUCGCCCGACGCUCUUAAACAGAUAAAUCGCGAGCUACGCAUCGACGAGUCCGUGCUGCGCUACGUGAUCGUGCGGCGUGACGCCUUGCCCAAGCUGCCGCCCGCCCGCAAGAUGUUCGACGCAGACCCCCAGUUUGGCCAUCUCCUGCGGAGCCCAAAACUCCCCGGCGCCAUCCCUAUCCCUCUAGCUGCCACUGGGGGCGCGUCUGCCCCGUGA